CGGAUCGAAGCCAGUCGACGCCGAAGAACCUGAAGAUAGUAUGCCCCCAGAUAGACCACGUCCAAGUUAAAAGACCAUGUACCCGUUAUUCGAGCACCGUCACUAACCAGGCCCCGACUGUUCGACAUCCAAGAUGGUCGGUGCUCCAGAAGAUCCAGAAGACCAGAACUGCACCAACCACGUCAAGGCCAACCACAACCCACCCACCAGUCCAGCUGACGAUGGCGCCACAGACAACUGUACCAAAUCACCUAGCAAAACUGGACUUAAUAAUAAAGAUCCUGCCAAACUUGUCCCUAAAUCCAAAGACAACAUUACUAGAGUUGUAGUGGUAGGUUUAACCCCCGAACGAAGACGAGAAACAUGGAACAAGAAGGUAGAGUUCCUGUUGGCUGUUGUAGGUUUUGCCGUGGAUUUAGGAAAUGUCUGGAGGUUUCCUUAUAUAUGUUAUCAGAAUGGUGGAGGGGCCUUCCUCAUCCCCUACACGAUAAUGCUGGUGUUCGGCGGGUUGCCGCUCUUCUAUAUGGAGCUGGCUCUGGGGCAGUUCCAUCGCAGCGGAUGUUUAACUAUUUGGAAAAGGAUAUGUCCGGCUUUAAAAGGAGUGGGUUACGCAGUAUGCCUGAUCGACAUCUACAUGGGCAUGUAUUACAACACCAUUAUAGGUUGGGCAGUAUAUUACUUGGUUGCCAGUUUUACCGAUGAACUACCAUGGACCAAGUGUAACAACAACUGGAAUACCAUCGAUUGUCGUCAAGUAACCUUCCUGUCAAAUAUGACCAAUGCCAGCACACCUGCCAAAGAGUUUUUCGAGAGAGAAGUUUUGGAGCAAUACAAGUCUGACGGUUUGAACAGAAUGGGGCCUAUAAAACCAGCUCUGGCACUGUGUGUGUUUGCUGUCUUCGUACUGGUGUAUUUUUCAUUGUGGAAAGGUGUUAAAAGCACUGGAAAGGCUGUUUGGGUUACUGCACUAGCACCUUACGUAGUCCUAAUCAUUCUGCUAUGCAGAGGAGUGACAUUACCAGGAGCAAUGAACGGAAUCAAGUAUUACCUUACUCCAAAUUGGACCAAACUCCUCGAAAGUAAAGUGUGGAUAGAUGCAGCUUCCCAGAUCUUCUUUUCAUUAGGUCCAGGUUUUGGAACGUUGCUCGCUUUAUCCAGUUACAACAAAUUCAACAAUAACUGCUACAGGGAUGCUCUUAUUACCAGCAGCAUAAAUUGUUUGACUAGUUUUUUGGCUGGUUUCGUGAUUUUUUCGGUGUUGGGGUAUAUGGCGCACGUGCAGCAUAAGGACAUCGAUAAGGUUGGAUUAGAAGGUCCUGGAAUGGUUUUCAUAGUUUAUCCAGAAGCAAUAGCCACGAUGAGCGGUUCGGUAUUUUGGUCCAUCAUAUUCUUCCUGAUGCUCAUCACCCUAGGACUUGAUAGUACUUUCGGAGGCCUGGAAGCUAUGAUUACAGCUCUAUGCGAUGAAUAUCCUCGUACUCUUGGCAGACACAGAGAAGUUUUUGUUGCCGUAUUGCUUUUUGGCAUCUAUAUAUGUGCCUUGCCAACAACAACCUAUGGUGGUGUUUACCUGGUGAAUAUGCUUAACAUCUACGGGCCUGGUUUGGCCAUCCUUUUUGUGGUGUUUGUCGAAAACGCUGGUGUCUGUUGGCUCUACGGUACUGAUAAUUUUGCUAGAGACAUCGAAAAGAUGAUCGGGCACAAACCUGGCAUCUUUUGGAGGCUGUGCUGGAAAUAUAUAAGUCCUAUAUUUCUUCUAAUUAUUUUUGGGUGCUCUCUGUGGACUAAUCAAGAGAUGCUGGGCAAAGAGUACGAAUAUCCAGAAUGGAGCCUUCAAGUGGGAUACGUCUUAACUGCCUCUUCUAUAAUUUGUAUCCCCAUGUACAUUUUAUAUAAGUUUGCCUUGACACCAGGUAGCAUUCUACAGAGGUGGAGAAUGAUUUGGCAAGCAGAGCACUCGUCCGACAAUGCUCUAACUUACUGCGCCGGAACAGAGGUGUGACCAGAAUCAGCGAUGGUCAGGUCCCAUACCAUCGAGUGGUUAGUUUAAGCUUAAAUUAUGAAAUUUACUCUAAAAGG